AGGUUCUCCUCAGCACCAGCAGGGAGUGGUGCAGCAAACAGAUAUUUUGGGACAAAAAAUACUACCAAAGAUUGGCUAACACAGAAGGAUUUCUGUUGUGCAAAGGCAGUACCUGAAGAAAAUAGAGACAUCUUUGCUUCUGCUCAGUGCAUCCUGGACAGAGAAAAUUAUUUUGUGAAGGAGGUGGACAGGUAUUUGAAUCACAACGACUUCUUAAAUCUGAGAAAGAAGGAGAUCCUGUACAAAAAAUGGCUUCAGGCUGUUUCAGAGCCACUGCUGCAGAAAAUGCAGGAGAAAAUGGACAGCCAGUCAAGCGAAGAAAUACGAAAAAGGAAAGAAGAACAACACUCUCUCUAUUUGAACCACUGUAAAAAGAAGGUCUACGUGCCGUUGGAAGUUUAUGACCCAUCAGAGUACGAUCCGUUGUUCCUGAAGACACGUACAGACUGCUGGAAGGUUUCAGUACCAGUUUUACGGGAUCCUCUGUUAGAAGACAUUCAAAAGAAGUGUAUUGAGGCAGGCAUUGUCAAGCAGUGUGAGACAGGAAGACCGUGCUCUACCAGACAGCUGAGUGAACUCAGUAAAGCAGAACUGCCACUGCUGCCUUUGAGCCGGCAACGCAUGAAUGCAGUUGAGUGGCUGAAGGUACCGCACGCCUACAUCGCUAGCGAGGUCCGCCAGAAGAAGAGAAAGUCAUCAGCUGCCACAAAGACGGUGAGAGCCAAGGAUGUCCCCUGUCCUCCAGCUGACUGCAGCGGCAGGCACAGCCAUCAGGAGGUACCGUUUGCAAAAAUCUGUGUUACAUCUUCCACCAAAGCAAGGGCUAACAGGCCAGGUCUCCUGGCAAACUGCAAUAAACUCAUUGCCUUCAACGUGUGGUGCUGA